AUGUAUCGACUGGUAUUAAUUUGGGUGGUCUUAUUUUUCACUUGGUGCUCCGCACAAUCCAAAAAUUCUUGUCUGUUAAAAAAUAAAUCUACUGACCUUAAUAUCUUUGGUUUUCAUGUGGUUUCUGCUAUUUGCGAUGGUGAUCAUGCAAUUUUUUGCAAAAGCGAACCGAUUGAUGAAAUAUGUAAUACUCACAUAAAGCAAUGCAAGAAUCCCAAUUACGGUACCGCUUUCUGUAAAGAUGGAUAUUGUCUCUGCGCAGCCAACGCUACCGUCGCUGGCGUUUUAACUGGUUCCAAACCUCUAAACACAUGUACCAAAGCAAGCGAAUGUCCUAAAUGUAGUAAUAAAGGCGAAAAGAUGUGUAAAAAUAAGAAAUGUGGUUGUAGUUACCCACUCGCAAAACCCCCAGGUCCUUCCUCAUGUGUCGACCUUAGGCAGCGGUGUGAUGAUCAGAAAAAGUGUUGUCCUGGCUUAUAUUGCAUUCAACGUUCAUUCGAGGAUUAUCCCACCUGUCAGCACAAUGCCCUUAGUGGAGAAGAUUGUUCCAGUGGUAUUACUUGCUACGGUACGUCGCAAUGCAUUGGCGGAAAGUGCUCGCUCCAAGAAGGAGCCAAUUGUGAUUUUGAUGGUGCUGUAUGCCCUUAUGAUAUGCAUUGUGAAACUGCGAAUAAAAUAUGCACUUGUGAUCGUUAUCGGUGGGAUGGUACAUGUUCUAGGAAAAAACGAUGUGAACUCGAUCACUUUGGGGUGAAAGAGCUAUGUCAAUGCCAUCCGGAAAUUGGCGGCCAUUGUUAUGCUGGUUCAGCUACCAGUGAAAAAUGCAAAGAAGCAUGUUUCGCACACAGACCGGCGUGCGAAACGACUUAUACUGUGAAUUUGGCGGGUCUCAAAGGAUGUAAAACUUAUAAAACCGACUCAUGUAAAAACUAUUAUAUAAAUCGGUUUAAUCAAACCAUUGAAAUACCUGAUUUAUUGGCUGGAAUGUUGACUAAAUGUGGUCACAAAAUAUAA